UGAGAAAAUAUAGUAUUGGAAAAAAUACACGGAAGUAAAAUAAAUAGGAUACAUGAAUGUGUAUUAUUUUUUUGGUUAUCCAAUAUUCUUUGAAGCGUAUGGUAAAUCACAAGUGAACUACAUUUCCCAUCAAAGGGUACGUCAGAUAGGUCAAGAGACAGCUACUGCUCACCGAGGAGUGGAAGAUGAUACGGGGUAAGCCGGAUGAUGACGAAUACUGGAACAGUUCAAAGUUCAAAGCCUUUACCUUUGAUGAUGAAGAUGAUGACUUUACCAGGUUAAAGGAAUCUAAACGGGCUGUGAACAGUAUUCUGGUAGAGGAUGAGGAUGAAGAAGAUGAGGUGGAGAAGGUGAACUGGAGUGGAGAGCCUGUGGGAAGUAUCUCCUGGUCAGUCAAGGAGACCGCGUCCAACAUUCGGUCCACGGGAGAGGUGCGGGACCUGAGCUUCCCCAAAAUUGACACAGCCCCUUCGCUUCCCAAGAAUAGUUCUGGCUACUCCUUAAGCUCCUUAUUUAAAGGCAAGGCCAAAACUGGGAGCCUCCAGUCCUUCUCUGAGUCUUUCAGUGAACAAUCCCUUCGAAAUUAUGCCCCAGAACUUCGGAAACCAAAAUCGGAAUACAAGGAUUACAUCAGUGACUGGACCCCUGAAGAGACAGUGAAGAGGAUGCAGCAGGGAAAGGCCUAUUCUCUGGAGAAGUUCCACUUCUUACAGGACAAACUGCUGCUAUUGGAUGAGGCUGUAAAUGCACAUGAUGGAAACGUCAUUACUGCGGUUUUAAUAUUUUUAAAAAAGUCACUAAGUAAAGAGAUUCUCUUUCGGGAGUUGAUUGCAAGAGAAAUAGCUCUUAGGCAUUAUAUCCACUACCUGAAAGAAAUGGGAGAACAUAAACAUUUGGUGGAAUUAUUCAAGUCCCUGGGCAGAACAGAAGACAUGGCGCUGAUGCAGUACAGAGACCACCUCAAUAUCAAAGACGAGAACAGAAGGAGAGACUUCCUGAAGAACUGCCUCAGUCUUCCCUUCUCACAGGAAGAUGCCACUCAUGUGUUGGAUCACUACACACUCCUGGAGAGGCAGAUUAUCAUUGAGGCAAAUGACAAACAUGUGGAGAGUAGCAGCCAGGCGGACAUCUUUAAGAAAUACCCGCGGAAAGCCUCCAUCCUCAACAUGCCCAUCAUCACUACUCUCUACUACUCCUGCUUCUACCAUUAUGGAGAGUCUGAAGGCACAUACAGCAGUCCAGCCAACAUACGGAAGACCUUCAGGAUUUCAGAUAAACAGUUUCUACUCACCUGUCUGGGUGCAAGGGCAAAGUUGAAAGCCUGGUUUGAUGUGGACGCUCUGUUCACUACCAAGAACUGGCUGGGUUACACCAAAAAGAGGUCUCCCAUUGGCUUCCAUAGAAUAGUGGACAUCCUUCAUAAAAACAACGCACCAGUACAGGUAUUGCAAGAGUAUGUGAAUUUGGUUGAAGACACUGAGCAGAAGAUCAGUUUGGCGCAGAAGUAUAAGUGUCACGAUGUCAUUAUCAAUACGUACAGGGACCUGAAGGACCGGCAGCUGUUGAUUGGGUACCGGGAGAAGGUGGAAAGAAGCUCACCGGAGUAUAGGAAGAUCGAAGAACUACUCUGCAACUCGCAAAUCCGAUGGAAAAACUGAUGGAACUGAAGGAAAUACCACUAGGUGACUGCUGUAGAUGGACAUUUAAAAUGUGCGACACACGUGAAGCACAUGCUUGGCUCAGACAAUGCAAGAUGGAGUACAUUCUCUGUACUUUACAUCUAGUCCAAGGCAUCAGUCUGCUGGACCAGAGCCAUUUUUUUUCAGUCUGACAGCCGAGGAUAGAGCAGGUGGCCGUACAAACGAAUGAGACAGAACCUUUCCAUUUUCUUAUCAACAUGUUUUGCCUGGCUAUGUGACGCUUGCUUGACCUAAUAUCCAGUUUGCCAAGUCUUCUUCACCAACCCUCUUAGUGAUAGAAAAAGGCUAAGCAGCAGUGUACAUUGUAUUUCUCUGACCUCUCAUCAGACACGUUUGUCAGGUAUCAACUUUCCUUACGUAAUUCAUGUUUUUAUAAACAUGAAAAUAAAACUUUAAUAACAACUGUUCAGACGCAUUUCUGCCCUGUUACUGUGGCGUUUUGUACAUUUAGAGCUCAUCUAUAUUUUUCUGGGCUUUUAAAUCGGAGCCGAACAACACAGUCCACGCCUGAAUGCCACUUCUAUACCACAGGUAAACAUGAUAAUUUAUGGCAUUGACAGUUCGCAUCAUGUGAUAAAAAAUUUUGUCAUGGGAAACACCUGUCUUCUAGCUGCCCAGUGGUGAGCAUCUCAGUUUGAUUACAACAACAACAGUGGACGGCUCAAGUAAGAGUUUUUUUUUUUUUUUUUGGAGUGGUGGUUGCUAACCUGACUGUGCACUUGUGUUGUGCUGAGGUACCUGCCCACCUGAGAGUGCUCCUCUUUUGGUCUGUUUUUUACAUUGAUUUUGGCAUGAAGGGUGCAGUGACAUGGUAGAAUUUGGGGAGGUCCGACCACGAAGCAACGUUCGGGAAUUCUGGAUAUGUUCCAGGGUUUUGAUGGCACAAGCAGGGAGCCUAAACAAUAGUGAGUUGCAUUAGUCUAGACAAGCAAUAACACUUGCCUGGAUUAGUACCUGCAUCACUUUCUGUGUGAGGUGAGGUACUAUUGUACAAAUGUUCUAGAGCCUUCAAACUCAACUGUGGACUUGAGGGCAGUUCCACUCAGUUUUUUCAUUGUAAAUCCUUAAAAUCAGGAAUUUAUUUUGGAGGAGGAACAGCUCUGUCUUUUUUAAGUCAAGCUUGAGGUGGUGGGCAGAACUUCCAAGCAGAGAUGUCGGCCAGGAACGCAGAAAUGUGUGUCAACAUGCUACUGUCAGAAGAGGGAUAACAGAAAAAUAGUUGAAUGUUAUCUGCAUAGCAAAAAUAGAAGUCUGUGAAGGUAUGUUAGUGUCUGAUCUCUUGGUAAAGCCUUAGAAAAUAAGAGGGCCUAGCCUAGAGCAUGAGGAAUUGGAACCUCACUGGCCUAUUCCACACGAUGACCUGGUUAGAAUCACGUGAUCCCAACAUCAAUUAACUUUUCAAAGGGGAUCAGCCAAUUAAUUAUAUUCAAAUUUGCAUGCAUACUGACACCGACGUUACCGACGUCAGAAACAGAUUGGACUUGUCUCCAUCUCUAUGAAUGAGCCACAUGCAUACAUAUUUAAUUAAAAUUAUGGAUUUAUUGUUUUUCAGCAGCCACAUAUUUACAAAAUUCUAUUAUCCUAAGAGAAAGAUUGUUAAGCCUGUACUGAAAAAUAAAACGUGUGCUUUUGUC